ACAUUUUUUUCGGUAGUUCACCAGUGCAGUUUGGCCCAAACCACAGGCCAAAGCUCCCGGAAAGUUUGUUUUGCGUGGGUGCCAACAUACCUAGCCCACCCCCCCUUUGGCGAGGUCACUGCCAGCAAACCCCACCCUUGGAUAUUUUUUCGAUCCAAUUGCAUGACGAAACAGCCGCGGAAACAGUUGCGACGCAUUCCUCAACUGAUUAGCUGCGACGAAAGCGGGAAAAAUCCAUAAAUUGAUUGGAGAAAAACCAGAGAAAACUCCUUGGAAAAUGCUGCUGCCGUCGGUGAGUGCGGCGUCCGCCGCUGGUUGCAAAUGGAAAUGCUGUUGUCGUCGCACCUGGGAAAUGCUAAUGGCUCCGGUUUCACCCAGGAAUCUGAGGACCACGGCCCUGCUGACCAGCAUCUAUCAGUUGUUGAUCUCCCAUUGUGCCCUCUUUCUGGUGCUUCUGGGCCUGGCUCAUGCCGAGCAAAUGUGCCAUGUCCUGGAGCUGGAUAUCCUGGACCAGAAGGACAAUGGCUUCUACAACAUGUCACCGUUUCACAACGAUCUGAGACUGCAGACAGCAGCUCAACUGGCGGCUGCCACUGAGAAUGUGCUCUAUGUAAUGGCAGGCAUUGCUGGAACCUAUGCCUUGAGUGCCAUAUCCCUGUUCUUCGGGGUCUACAAAAAUCGUCCUGGCUUGAUUAUACCCUGGCUGAUUGUGGAGUUUCUGCUGAUGAUUGCUCUGGGAGCUCUCGUGUUUAUGCUGAGGGACUCCAAAGUAGCGCAGUUUCUGGGCGGCCAAGUGCCCUACUUUAUUAUCUGCUAUAGUAUGAUCUGCAUGGAUUACUGCAAGUGGUAUGUGAUGCACAGCUUCUAUCAGAGCCUGCGGACUAUGAACAAACUCCGGGAAAUAGCCACUGUGGCUAUUCCCUGUCCAGCGCCAGGGGCUAUACCCUAUCAUUUCAAACGCGAGCACAUGUAUCUGGGCAGCAAUGGCUACAAGCACAUCCUAACCGAGUCUCCAGAUGGACAGUGCUAAGUCCCUGAUCCUAGAGAUAUAGAAUUUUGUUUGGAACUUCCCCAUCAGGUGUCUUGAUUGCAAUUUGCCUUGCAGUUUCUGUAUGGCAAAACCGAGUGUGAUAUGGAUAUAGCAAAGAUACUAUUUUAGAUAGCCAAUGGAUAUGGACCGAGGGGCAUAUUAACAGAUAUAACAGAUAAAUCGUCUAUAUCCCCAGCAGGCAGUGCCUGAAAUCGUUGGGAGCUUGAGGGAUCGUUUGCCAGCAAUAUAAAAUGCAACUAUUUUUGUGUAGAACUAAAUAUUAAAGUCGGUAAGCCGCGUUACUCACUUCAGCACUUGAAUACAAUGGUAGCAACGAAGUUAAUUUUAAAAUGUUUAAAAUAGAGAAAAAUAUAUGUUAAAAAGAACAAUGAAUCCUAGACUAUAAUAUCUGAGCUACCGCAAGUCAAGUUAACUUGGAGUUAAAGUAGAUUUUUUUUAACAUAAAGCUUUGAAAUUGUUUGAAAUUAAAUUUAAAUAGCUACGAAAAUAUUUGUUAACUAUUAUUGGCCUUAAUUUACUCUAACUUGCAACUUUUUAAGCACAAAACCAAAGUGAAAAGAAUAUGAAUAUCAAAUAAAAAGUGCAAAUAUGAAGCAUA